UCCCCGCCGUUUGCAGCCAGGGAGACGGACGUGGGGAAGAUGUCGGCGUCCAAGGUGAAGCAGGACAUGCCUCCGCCGGGGGGUUAUGGACCGGUGGAUUACAAAAGGAACCUUCCCCGCCGUGGUCUGAGCGGGUAUUCUAUGUUUGCUUUGGGUAUUGGUGUCAUGCUAUUUGGCUACUGGCGCCUCUUCCGCUGGAAUAGAGAAAGAAGGAGGCUGCAGAUUGAAGAUUUAGAGGCUCGUAUUGCUAUUCUUCCACUCUUACAGGCAGAAACAGACAGACGUACCUUACGACAGUUGAGGCAGAAUUUGGAAGAAGAGGCCAUUAUAAUGAAAGAUGUACCAGGAUGGAAGGUUGGAGAGUCCCCUUUCCACACAGACCGCUGGGUUACCCCAACGCUUAAUGAGCUGUUCAGUCUUCAACCAAAGGAAGAACUGCUAAAGAAGAAGUAUGGUUUUCAGUGGUAUGUCUAAACAAUGGCAUCCACUCCACAACGCUAACACUUUCUCUAAACGUGUGUUAUCGGACAUUGAACUCUUACUCUAAGGGGUAUAAUGCUUGUCUUUGAAAUAAAUAAUCACAAUUUUAUAUCCUUAA